UGCUGCUCGAGCGUCGGCGCGUGGGUCCGUCCAGGUGGAUUUAAUGAGAGGAGUGUUUAGUGUUUUGUUCGUCGUUUAAACCGGACCUGCAGCUGCAGCCGCAGGCGCUAUGGAGCUCCUCACGCGCCUUUUUCUUCUGGCUUCGGUGACGGUUUGUUCCUCACAGAGAACCGGCGGAUACGGGCUGUCGUACGCGUACACACCGGAGCUCUCCGAGGACGCGAUACUUGUGGCCAACAACGGGAUACGUGUGCCUUUCGGGCGGUCGGUGUUCAUCGACCCCAUCAACGACCUGGUGACUGAAGUUCAGCCCGGAGACAGGUGCAGCGUCACCGUGCUGGACAGCGACCCCCUGUCCCAGAGACCGGGGCGCCUUUCUCCCAAAAAGUUCCCGUGUGAAUUCGGCCCCAACGACGUGAAAUACUCCCACUUCGGCUCCAGGAGCCCCGCCGAGGACAGAGUGAGGCUCCAGCUCAGGUACGACACUCAGACUGAGACCAUCAUCAUCCCCUUCAUGCUGGAGGUGGAGGUCCUUUUCACACAGCUGGAAAUUGUCACUAAAAACAUGCCGCUCACCGUGGAGAGACUACACAGCACCAGCAACCCGAUAGACAGGAAAAUACUCGAGUUCUCCUACGAUAGGACCUCUGAGCAGUGUGAGGUGGCCUCAUUAGCCGCCACCAGUGCUCUGCCUAGAUAUGGAGAAGUUACAGACGGGGGCAAAUUAGAGAACACGAUGGACUGUGACGCUUUUCUCAGAGCUGACAUUCGCUACAAGCACACUUUUGCGCGGAAGUCCCCGGACAGGGACUACGUUCCCAUGGUGGUGGAGCUGCGGAACAAGGAAAACAACGUCCUCAAGCAAGAACACUUCCACGUCAUGGUGCGCAUAAAAGAAGGGCUGAAAAACAGCCCUCCCAAGCCCAGCUUUGUGGCGAUGAUGAUGAUGGAAGUCGAUCAGUUCGUUAUGACCGCCUUGACUCCCGACAUGUUGGCCGCUGAGGACGCGGAAUCGGACCCCGGCGAUCUCAUUUUCAACCUCACCUCCCCGCUCUCUUUCGAAGAAGGUUAUAUCGUGAGUACAGAUGACAGAAAUUUACCUAUUACAUCUUUUUAUCAGCGUGAUUUAAAGGAGCUGAAGAUAGCUUAUAAACCUCCGUCCCUGGACUCGGACACAGAGAGGAUAUUUCAGAUAGAGUUCGAAGUGCUGGACACCGAUGGUGGCGUCUCAGAUCCCUUCGCUUUCAUGAUUGUGGUAAAGCCCAUGAACACACUUGCGCCGGUGGUGACGAAGAACACAGGGCAGCUCCUGUAUGAGGGUCAGUCCAGGCCUCUGUUCACUCAGAACAAUCUAGAAAUCAGUGACGAAGACGAUCUGGAUAGCGUGAGGAUAACUGUCGUGGACGGCCUGCGGCACGGCGAGCUCACUGUUCUCGGCUCUAGCAGGAAGUAUUUCACGCCAGCCGAUCUUCAGGUCGGUAUUGUCGUCUACCAGCAUGACGGAAGUGACACGUAUAGCGACAACAUCAUUUUCCGAAUGACGGAUGGGAAGAACGAGGUGGAGUUUUUGUUCCCCAUCACGGUCGUGCCCACAGACGAUGAGCCCCCCAUCAUCAACGCCAACACAGGACUGGUGCUAUUUAAAAACCAAAUCAUGCCAAUUUCACCGCUAAUGCUCAGCGCAGCGGAUAUCGACUCUGAAGAUUCCACUAUUAAGUUCACCAUUGAGCCUCCACUCUCCACGAUUGGUGAAGUGCUGCUAAGGCAGUCGGAGGCACCGGAAGAUCCAUCGUCGUGGAAAUUCAGCACUGAAGAUGGCAUGUAUGAGAAGGCUGUGGUGGAGUGGAUACAGAAAGACAUUACAGACGGAAAGCUUUUCUACAGACACAAAGGGCCCCACAUCACGGAGACGGUGACCGAUCAGUUUCUCUUUAAAGCGCAGGACGACGCUGAUCCUCCAAACCAAUCGGACGAGAACGUGUUCUUUGUUAGAAUCCUUCCUAUCGAUGACGUUCCUCCGGUACUCUUUCCCGGCACCACUUUACAGAUGACGGUCCAUGAGUAUCAGCUGACUCGUUUUAGCAAGAGCGUCCUUCGUUACACUGAUUUGGAUUCUGAGGACAGAGAUCUGAAAUACACCAUAACUCAGCCUCCCACCGACACGGAUGAAAAUAACCCAGUCAGAUUUGGAUCAAUAGUUCUAACAGAGCACCCUAAUACUGAGGUAAGCGAAUUCACUCAAGCACAAGUGAACCAUCAUAAGAUUUCCUACAGCCCGCCAGACAUAGAACUGGGCAUCGCGGCUCAUGUAGUGCAGUUCCGUUUCACGGUAGAAGACACUGCUGGAAACAGUGUUGAAGGAAUCUUCACCAUAUUUCUGCAGCCUGUCAAUAACAAACCCCCACAGAUAACUAACACUGGGUUCAUGGUCUUUGAGCGGGGCACGCAUAUAAUCGCAAAUUCUGAGCUGGACACUACUGACCUCGACACAGACAGUAAACAGAUUUCCUUUACUUUGCGUCAGGCUCCAGAGCAUGGUCAGCUCCAGCUUAACUUUGUUGAUUUAAUUAAAGGGAAUGCUUUCAGCUUAUUAGAUAUAUACAAAGGCAGACUUUCUUAUGUUCACAAUGGAGAUGAGUCAGCCAGCGACUUCUUUAAACUGGACGUCACUGAUGGUGUCCAUGUCGUACCAAUUACAAUAAGAAUAGUAGUGAAGCCAGUCGAUGAUGAAAUGCCCUCUCUGAGUCUCCCAGUUGGCACCAUUGGUUCUCACAUUGACGUUUUGGAAAACGGGGCCACUGAAAUCACCACCAGUGUAAUCCAAGGGAAAGAUGAGGACACGGAUGACCUUAGGUUGACCUUCAUUGUUGAGAAUACCCCUACAUUUGGAGAGAUCCUGGUAAACGGAAUGCCUUCGAGUAGGUUCACCCAAGCUGAUAUAAUCAAUGGUCUGGUGGUGUAUGCCCACACCAGUGGUGAGAUUGGCCUUUCCUCAAAGCAGGACUCCUUCAACUUGACCCUCACUGACAUGUCUGAUGAGUGGGUGGUAGGAGGAAAUAAGGUCAGCGGCGUUCGUGUUCAUGUCACCGUUCUACCAGUGGAUAGCCAGUCCCCGGUGGUAACGGUGGGUCCAACAUUUAGUGUCAUGGAAGGAGACAAAAACACAAUUGGAGGUCAUCAAAUAAUGGUUAAGGAUGAAGACACCUUGACUGAAGACAUCUUAUGUACUAUAAUUGUCCAGCCAACCUCAGGCUAUGUGGAGAACAUCUCACCAGCACCAGGUUCUGAGAAGUCCAGGUCCGGCACAGCUGUCAGUGCUUUUACUAUUAGUGAUGUCAACGAUGGCCAUGUCCGCUAUGUCCAAAGCAUACAUAAAGGAGUUGAGCCAGUAGAGGACAGGUUCACAUUCAGGUGCUCGGAUGGUGUAAACUUCUCAGAAAGGCAGUUCUUCCCAAUUGUCAUUAUCCCCACUAAUGAUGAGAAGCCGGAGAUCUUCAUGAGAGAGUUUGUGGUGAUGGAGGGAAUGAAUGUCAUUAUCGAUACACCCAUCCUAAACGGAGCUGAUGCUGAUAUUCCUGCUGAAGAUUUGACGUUCAUCAUUUCAGAACCGCCUAAACAUGGUUUCAUCCUCAACCAGCUCACCACUGCCUCUAUCCCAAUCACCAACUUCACUCUGGAGCAAAUAAAGGAAGCUUCUAGUAUUAUUUAUGAGCACGAUGAUUCCGAGACCACAGAAGACAAAUUUAAUGUUAUCCUCACAGAUGGAAAACAUAGUGUGGAAGGCACUGUCAUGAUCAUGAUUAUCCCUGUGGAUGAUGAGACUCCAAGAUUAGCCAUCAACGAUGGUUUGGAAAUUGAAAUCGGGGAGACGAAGGAGAUAAAUAGUAAGAUCCUGAAGGCCACUGAUUUGGACUCGGAUGAUGACUCACUUACAUUUAUAAUUCGUUACGGGCCAGGCCAGGGCUUUCUACAGAGGAAAACAGAGCUUGGAUAUCUUGAGAACAUCACGAUUGGUAUGAACUUCACUCAGAUUGAGCUGAACCAGGGUCGUAUUCUCUAUACUCACACUGGCCAGGAAGGCGUUCGUGAUCUUGUAAAGUUUGAUGUGACGGAUGGCACUAAUCCACUAAUUGACAGAUACUUUUACAUCACUGUGAGCACUAUCGAUAUGGUGUUUCCUGACGUUAUUAGCAAAGGCGUGUCUCUGAAAGAAGGUGGCAAAGUGACACUGACCACUGACCUACUCAGUACCAGCGAUCUCAACAGCCCAGAUGAAAACCUGGUCUUCACCAUCACCAGAGCUCCUGUGAGGGGACACCUGGAGAGCACUGAUACACCGGGAAUGCCCAUUGUGUCUUUCACUCAGCUCCAGCUUGCUGGAAGUAAAAUCUACUACAUCCACACUUCAGAUGACGAAAUCAAGAUGGACAGCUUUGAGUUCGAGGUCACCGAUGGCUACAACCCCGUGUUCCGCACCUUCCGGGUGUCCAUAGUUGACGUUGACAACAAGAAACCUGUCCUGACAGUGCAUGAGCUGCUGGUGACAGAAGGUCAAACCAAACUCAUCACACCUUUUGAGUUGACUGUAGAAGAUCAGGACACAGCUGAGAAUCUCCUGAAGUUCACGGUCACUCAGUUGCCUGUACGUGGUAAACUCCUCUACAACAACAGCCAUCCGGUCACGACUUUCACGAAGCAAGACUUGAAUGAAAACCUGAUCAGUUACAAGCACGAUGGCACAGAAUCAAGUCAGGACAGCUUCUCUUUCACUGUUACAGACGGAACACACACAGAUUUCUACGUCUUCCCUGACACAGUGUUUGAGACUCGAAGGCCUCAAACUAUGAAAAUCACUAUUGUUUCUGUAGACAACGGUGUACCACAGAUAGUGGUGAACAAAGGUGUUUCCACUCUGAAGGUCUUGCCUUCUGGUCACCUGGGCUACCCUAUUACUAGCAAGGUGCUGAAGGCAGAGGACAGGGACAGCAGCCCACAAACUUUGUUUUUUCAAAUCACCACACAACCGGAGCACGGCUACCUGAUCAACCUGGAAAAGGGGAAUGACUCCAUCAACACCUUUACACAAGCUGACAUUGACGACCUGAAGAUCUGCUACGUGCUGAAGGACAAGGAGAAUGCCACCAGUGACAUCUUCCAUUUCACUGUGGAAGACAGAGGAGGCAAUAAGCUGAAGGGUCAGCAGUUCCGCUUAGACUGGGCCUGGAUCUCUCUGCAGAAGCGGAGCUACGUGGUGGACGAGCAGGCCGGGCUGCUGGAGGUGGUGCUGCGGCGCAGGGGCUACCUGGGGGAGACCUCUUUUGUAGGAAUCAGCACUCUGGACGGCAGUGCGGAGAAGGAGAAGGACUUUCGGGGGAAGUUUCAGAAGCAGGUGCAGUUUAACCCUGGCCAGACCGCGGCCAUGUGGCGGAUUAAGAUCUUAUCUGACGGGAAGUACGAGCAGUCCGAGACGUUCAACAUCGUUCUGUCUGAGCCGGUCAUGGGGGCUCUGGAGUCACCAGCAGUGGCUACCGUGGAGAUUGUGGACCCCGGAGAUGAGUCCACAGUGUUCAUUCCCCAAGCAAGCUUCGCCGUUGAGGAGGACGUUGGAGAGCUGCUGGUUCCAGUGCGCAGGACAGGAGAUGUCAGUGAAGAACUGAUGGUGCUCUGCUACACAGUGCAAGGUUCUGCUAAAGGCACUGUCCCAAGUACUGUCCUCUCUUACUCGGACUACAUCUCCCGGCCAGAGGAGCAGACCAGCAUGCUGCGCUUUGAGAAGGGGGAGAGGGAGAAGUUUUGCCGCGUGGUCAUCAUUGACGACUCGCUGUACGAGGAGGAGGAGAGCUUUAACGUGACCCUCAGCAUGCCGCUGGGUGGCCGGCUGGGCUCAGAGUACCCCAGCACACGUAUCAGUGUCCUGCCCGACCUGGACGAUGCUCCUGUGUUUUACUUUGGUGAUCAGGAGUACCAUGUGGACGAGAGCGAUGGUCACAUCGAGGUGAAAGUGUGGCGAUCGGGAACGGAUCUCUCAAAACCAGCCACAGUGACCGUUAGAUCCCGCAAGACUGACCCGGUGUCGGCUGAAGCCGGAGUGGACUACGUGGGCAUCAGCAAGAAUCUGGAGUUCGCCCCAGGGGUGACCGUACAGACCGUCCGGGUCACCAUCCUCGAUGACCUUGGCCAGCCGGUCCUGGAAGGAAUAGAGAGAUUUGAGCUGGUUCUUCGCAUGCCCUCCAACGGCAUUCUGGGAGAGCCAGGGAGGGCCAUCAUCUUUAUCAACGACUCCGUCUCUGACUUGCCAAAGGUGCAGUUCAAACAGGCUGUUCUGGUUGGAGAGGAGAGUGAAGGCCGCCUCACUGCUGUGGUCCAACGUGGUGGUGACAUCAGUCACAGGUCCAGCGUGCGAUGUUAUACACGCCAGGGGUCCGCCCAGGUGGCCAGCGACUUUGACGAGAGGCCCAACACUGAUGCCUCCAUCAUUACCUUCUUACCAGGUGAGACGGAGAAGCCGUGUGUGUUGACUCUGGUGGAUGAUUUGGCGUAUGAGGAGGAGGAGGAGAUGAGGCUGGUGCUGGGGAGCGCGAAGAGUGACUCCGUAUACGGAGCGUCUGUAGGCCGGCAGAAUGAAACACUCAUCAAGAUUAAAGACACCGCAGACAAACCGAUCAUAAAAUUCGCCGAGGUGAAGUUCAGUGUAAGUGAGCCGAAGGAGUCGGGUCAGGUCAGCGUGGUGAGGAUCCCCGUGCGGCGAGUGGGAGACCCCUCGAUGGUGUCUGUGGUGAGAGUCCACACUAAAGACGGCUCCGCUGUAUCUGGAGAGGACUACCAUCCCAUCUCUCAGGACGUUGAAUUUAAGGAGGGUGAAAGGGAGCAUGUUGUGGAGGUCGAGGUUCUGUUCGAUGGAGUUAGAGAGAUGAGAGAGGCGUUCACUGUCCACCUCAAACCUGACGAGAACAUGGUGGCCGAGACCCAGGUCACCAAAGCCAUAGUGUACAUUGAGGAAACCAACAGUAUGGCCGACGUCACGUUCCCAUCACUGCCACACGUUGUGUCUCUGCUGCACUAUGAUGAUGUCACAAGGACUAAGGCCAACGCACACCCAUCUGCAGGGUAUCCAGUCGUGUGUGUAACGGCCUGCAACCCCAAAUACCCAGAAUAUGACAAAACAGGCUCGAUAUGUUUGAGCGAGCGCAUCAACGACACACUCACUCGUUACCGCUGGCUGGUCAGCGCCCCCAGCACACCAGACGGAGUGACCAGCCCCAUGAGGGAGGUGGACUUCGACACUUUCUUCACCUCCUCCAAAAUGAUCACCCUGGACUCCAUCUACUUCCAGGCCGGAUCACGGGUGCAGUGCGCUGCCCGCGCCGUCAACUCCAACGGAGACGAGGGACUGGAGCUCAGCAGCCCCAUCACGUCCGUCAGCACAGAAGAGGGAAUGUGCCAACCUCGUAAAGUGGGCACAGUGGGCGCCGAGCCGUUCUCUGCCAAGCUCCGCUACACUGGCGCAGAAGACCCGGAACAUGCCAACCUCAUCAAGCUUAGUGUCACCAUGCCCCACAUAGACGGCAUGCUCCCUGUGGUCUCCACUCGCCCUCUGUCCAACUUCGAGCUGACCCUGAGCCCUGACGGGAGCCGCGUGGGCAACCACCGCUGCUCUAACUUGCUAGACUUUAACGAGGUGUCCACCCGCCAUGGCUUCCUGACCAAAGCCACCCGUAACAUGGAGAGCGUAGGAGAGAACUCACCGUACCAGUACAGCGCCUCCCUCAGGGGCCAGAGCACCCUGCGCUUCUACAGGAACCUGAACCUGGAGGCGUGUCUGUGGGAGUUUGUUACUUAUUAUGACAUGUCAGAGCUGCUCUCCGACUGCGGGGGCACCAUCGGCACAGAUGGUCAGGUCCUGAAUCUGGUCCAGUCCUAUGUGACGUUGCGGGUUCCCCUCCACGUCUCCUACGUGUUCCACUCUCCUGUAGGAGCGGGUGGCUGGCAGCACUUUGACCUGCAGUCUGAGCUGCGGCUCACUUUUGUGUACGACACUGCCAUCUUGUGGAAGGAUGGAAUUGGCAGCCCCCCACAAGCGGAGCUGCAAGGAGCUCUGUACCCAACUAGUAUGAGGAUUAACGAGCAGGGCCGUCUGGUGGUCAACUUCCGCACAGAGGCUCGCUUCAGGGGGCUAUUUGUGGCCUCUCAUCCUGCAUCUUCUUUGACAUCAAUGGUCAUGAGUGCAGACCACCCUGGUCUGACCUUUAACCUCUCAUUGGUCAGAACGGAGCCCACCUACAACCAGCCUGUGCAACAGUGGACAUUCACCUCUGACUUUGCUGUGCGUGAUUACUCUGGCACAUACACAGUGAAGCUGACCCCCUGCACCACAGCCCUGAACAUCGAGUACUCCGUUCCUGCAGUGUGUAACCCCAGAGAGCCCAUCACUUUCGAUCUGGACAUUCGGUUCCAGCAGGUGAGUGACCCUGUUGCUGUGGAGUUUAGUCUGAACACGCAGAUGUUUCUGCUGUCUAAGAGGUCUGUGUGGCUGUCUGAUGGAUCCAUGGGCUUUGGGCAGGAAAGCGAUGCAGCUUUUUCAGAGGGAGAUAUAAUCUAUGGACGAGUGAUGGUGGACCCAGUCCAGAACCUGGGCGACUCCUUCUACUGUAAUAUUGAGAAGGUUUAUUUAUGCACUGGAGCAGAUGGAUAUGUUCCCAAAUAUAACCCCACCAAGUUCGAGUUUGGCUGCUUGGCAGACUCCCCCUCCCUACUCUACAGAUUCAAAAUUAUUGAUAAAGCACAGCCAGAGACUCAGGCUCAGAGUUUUGGUGAUGUGGGCUUCAACGCUCUACUGGCAGUAGAUGACCCGUCUGCCAUCUCUCUGGUGAAGCAGCCUGGCUCAGAUGGCUUUAGACUAGACUCUGCUCCCCUGUUCCAGGUGGCAGCAGGCAGGGAGUGGUACAUCCAUACCAUCUACACUGUGCGCUCCAGAGACAAUGCCAACCGCGGCAUUGGCAAGAGAAGCCUGGAGUACCACUCCUUCAUGGCGGGCGCCACGCUGCCCUCAGCUCCGAGCGGCAGGCACAGCAGACGCUCUGCCAGAGACGUCCCUGCCAUCGCAGAGGAGAUCAGUGCCGAGAACAACAGAGGAACCAACAUCAUGCACAUCGCUUUGGACCGCAGCCACAGGCGGGCUGCACCAGAUGGAGAGCUGUUUGCUGACAGCCUGGCUCCACAGGGCCUGGGCAGCUACAGUGCUGAGGACAAAGCAGUGACAGUGGUGGGAGCUGUAGUGGGGCUGCUGCUCGCUGUCCUUCUUAUGGCCAUCCUUGUCCUGGUGGUACGAUCUCAACGGAGGCCAACAAAGCAGGCACCAAAGGUCUCCUCCAGCAUGCAGCCUGUUAUACUGAGGAGCGGCUUUGACUGCAGCGAUAGUUCAGAGGUCUGAAGGCUGGAAAAUGUAUCCCUGUCCUGAUUCCUGUGCCGUCUCGGAUGAGUCCACCGUCUCUUGUUGUGGUUUAACAAGUGCCUCAGACAGAUCCAGUCCUGUGGAGAGCUUACGGACCAAAAUCACGCCCAGCCCAAAGGAAUAUCCAUCCGCAUCUUGACAGCGAGUGUCAGGUUGAAUGGUACUGACUUGAUAUCCCAAUGCUUUACUGUUCCACUCGGAGCCAGGUAUUACGCUCUACCACUUUCUGAUUCACUAAGAGGUGUUUCGGGAUAGGCUACAACUGUUUAGUAUAUUUUUAAGGCUG